GGAAAAAGUGACCCGGAAGUCCAAGUGUGUUGGCGGUUGUAAGUUUUCCCGGGUAUCGUUUUUAUUCUUGUAUAGUUUUUUUUAUAGCUGCUUUCGCAUUUAUCAUCACUAAACCAAGCGGACGUGGAGAAAUAGAGACACUGCGGUUCCACAUGCAUUAGCUUCACCACAGUUAGCAUAGAGGAAGUUAGCCAGCAAGUCAGGGAAACAGCCUGAGUUUUUUGCUCCUCGUCGGAAGAUCUCUGCCGUCAGAAAUGUCUUUCGGUGCCGUCAACGCGGCGGUGUCCAGCCUCAAGUCAUGUCAGGCAGAUUUUGGGACGGCAAUGGACAUCGUGACAGAUGUGGCGAUGGACCUGGCGGAGGCUCGGGAGGGGGACGAUGACAGUGCCCUGAGGCAGAUGGAGGCCAUGAUCCGGGAGUGCGCCAGGCAGGACACCGAGAUCAACUUCUUUGUGGACACGGUGCAGCAGGUCACUGCAGAGGUUAACCAGCAGCCCCCGGAGGCCAUGUUCAGCCUGGCAGCCAGAGUGAAGGAAAGGUUCACAGAGAGAAUAGCACGGCUCUCCGAUUCAGAUCUGCAGAACCACCCCAAGGUCCUGGCCUUCAAGGACAGCAUCAGGGACUCCCUCAACCAAGCCAACCCAGAGUCAGCAGAGAACAUGGAGGAGGUUGAUGAGGACAUUGCUGUCACACAGACCCAAGUCAACCUCACCUGCCCGCUUACACAGGUGGAAAUGGUGAAUCCGAUGAAGAAUAAGAAGUGCAACCACCAUUAUGAUGAAGAAGCCAUACUGAGCCUGAUCAAAAAAAGACACAGCCAGAAAAAGAAAUGCCGCUGUCCUGUGGUGGGCUGUGAGAAUGGAGACGUGGUCAAGGCAGACCUGGUUCCUGACCAGAUGCUGAGGAGAAAGAUCCAGAGCCAAAAGAGACAGGGCAACAGGACGUAGCACGCCGUGUCCCUCAGGACUGGAUCACCAUAAGGCAUAAAGCCCCUUAUCAGUUUGCACUUGCCUAGUUACUUGUAUUUUAAGAGAGCAAACAGUUUUGGCAGCAGUUUCUGUCAAGUGUUGAUUAUUAUGAUUAUUAUGUAUAUAGAUAUAUGUGUAUCUACACAUUUUUGUUGUUGAAACAGAGAGAGAACGAGAUUUUUGUAAUCAAAAGGCAAAUUGUGCUGUCCAGUUUAAAUGAAAAUGCAAGUUUUGAAAUACUGACUUUGUUCAGCUGGAGCCACUUUGUGUUUUGCGGACUUCAGACUUACUCAAUGUUAAUAAAAGCUCUGGAUGGUUUUGCA